AUGCGUCACGGGAUGACGCUUCUGAUUUUCGGUAUCUUAGUCGUGAUACAGCAAUAUUUGGAAGAGUUUAGAGGAAGAUAUGCUACUGCACAAGUCGAUUAUUCGCAAUUCGUGAACCCACUGAUCGGAUCCGAAGGCCCAUACCCGGGUGAAGCAUUUGGCGGAGGAGAUAUCUUAGUAGGAGGCGCCGUUCCAUUCGGCGAUCGCGCAACUCUCAAUGGAGGAUUUACUCCAAAUGGAAAAGUCACUGCAAUAAGCAUGAUGCAUGAAUCCGGUACCGGAGGUCCUCCGAAGUAUGGUGUAAUUGCACAAAUGCCUCUUACAACAAUCAAAGCUCCAGUAAACAUCUUAGACAACACGACAUACUGGCAGCGCAGAGUUGGGAACGACGUUGCUCAGGUCAACUACUUCUCGACCGAGCUUGCUGACGGAAUCAAAAUUGAACUAUCUGGCGCUCGCCAUUCCGGCAUAUUACAGUAUACUUUUCCGGAUGGAGAGCGGCACGUUCUUGUGGACGUCUCUCACUACUUGCCUGAUGGCGGUUUCGGUGGCAGUAGCAUCCAGUACUACUUAGGUGGUGAGAUCAAUCUCAAGGAUAAUGGCAUAUACACUGGAUACGGGACAUACGGUGGUGGGUUCAACGAAGGCGCACCGAUGACUGUACAUUUCUGUGGCGACUUUGAAACCCCUCCAACUAAAAGCAAGACCUUCAAAGGGCGAAACACUGAUCCAAUGCAACGCCAACAUAACUUCGCGAAUGGCGGGCCCCAGCUACCCAUAUUCGGCGGUCAAAUAUCAGAGCAAGCAGGCUUGAUGAAUGAUCGAGUAGGAGCUGUUUUCUCAUGGGAUAGCUCUAGUCCUAACAUGAUCCGGUCGAGAGUUGGGAUAUCCUUCAUAUCGACUGAUAAGGCUUGCAGGUUCAAAGACGAUGAAAUCCCGUCCUAUGAUCUUCAGCAGACAGUUGAUGCGGGACGUAAGGAAUGGAACGAAGAGGUAUUCAGCAAGAUACAGGUCGACACGGGCGAGUCCGCCAACCAGACGAACCUGAUCCUGCUUUACUCUUCGUUAUAUUUCAUGCAUCUGAUGCCUUCCAACCGCGAAGGCGAAAAUCCACUAUGGAAAUCCGACGAGCCUUCUUGGGAUGAUUUCUAUGCCAUCUGGGAUAUAUUCCGCUGUACUGUCAGCCUCUACCAUCUUAUACAGCCGACAGCCUACGAAAGCAUGAUUAGAUCAUUGAUUGACAUCUGGCGAUAUGAUGGCUUCAUGCCUGAUGGGCGAUCUGGUAACUGGAACGGCCUGACUCAAGGUGGUAGCAAUGCGGACAACGUGCUCGCAGACGCUUAUGUCAAAGGCUUAAGAGGAGGAAUCAAUUGGACUGAGGGGUAUGCAGCAAUGGUGAAAGAUGCUGAGCGUAAAGAAGGUCGAGGGGCUCUAUAUGACUGGAUACCGCUUGGAUAUGUAUCGUCUGACAGAAGCACGCGUUGUAUCUCGAGAACCGUCGAGUACUCACUGAACGACUUCUCACUGUAUCAAGUUGCCCAGGGUGAAGCUCCUGGUGACGCCUCGAAGUACCUCAAUCGAUCAGCAAAUUGGCAGAAUAUCUGGGUACACGAUCUCGUCAGUGUCAACACGACUGAGUCAUUCAAAGGAUUUAUGGCUCCUAGAUUAUCAUCAGGAGAGUUUAAUCUUACCAACUACAAUCCGGCUAUUUGCGAUGAAUGCUCCUGGAGAUCAGUAACGUACGAGGAAUAUUCAUUCACAAUACCGCACGAUGCUGAGACCUUGAUCGAAUUCAUGGGCGGUGCAGCUGAUUUUGAACGGCGACUUGACUACAUCUUCGAGCCGAACAGUAGCCAGGCCAAUCUCGGUGCCAAUGGAGCAGGCAUUAACACAAUCAUGAACAUUGGCAACGAGCCUGACUUUGCAACGCCCUAUCUAUACAACUAUAUCAACAAACAAUACAAGUCUGUCGAGCGCUCGCGCUAUCUCGGGAACCGGUACUUCAAAAACGCCAACUACGGCGUCCCAGGAAAUUCAGACGCAGGUGCUCUAAAUUCAUGGCUAAUUUGGCAGAUGAUCGGCAUGUAUCCGAUUGUCACGCAGCCUGUAUACCUCCUUGAAUCACCAUGGUUCUCUGAUAUCAAUAUGACGAUCAAUCAUGACAAAAUAUUGAGAAUCUCAACCACGAAUCUGGGACAGGAAAGCUUCUAUGUACAAAGCGUGAGAUUAAAUGGACAACGAUGGAACAAGAAUUGGUUCGAACAUACGGAUGUUAUGGUUGAUGGCGGUACGAUUGAAUUUGAGCUGGGACCAGAACCUAUCAUAUGGGAAUCAGGCUCUGUCCCACCGAGCCCUGGACAUGUAGAGAAAUAA